GCGGGAGUUUCGGACUGGGCCUGUGGAACAGCUGGGUAAAUAUGCAGCUAAAGGAUCCCUGAGCACUUUUGAUUUUUUUGAGUUUUUGAGACAAGAGGAACACUGCAGGGGUAAUGCCCUACACAGAAGCCCCCUCCAAUCAGAAGCCUGCUCCCUGUCAUUGAUCAGACUGGAACAUGGCACUCUGCUGCUCCCUCCAAAGCCCUGUACAGUAAAGUGACAGUGCUGGUAUGAACUUUAUCUGCAAGAACCAUCUCAUUGGAAGGACCCCUCAGGAUAAGGAAUUUACCCCUUGAAUAACUGUCCUUCCUCCGGAGCACACUUUUAAAUAUUCUCAUAUUUGAGAAUUUCCUUUUUAUUUAAAGAUGUGUUAUAAUUGCAUCAGUAGCAGUGUAUAUGUACUGCUGCAUUCCAAACAAAUGAAUAACAUGCCCCAAUAUUUGUCAGUGGAACACACCUGGUGCUAAGUUCCUGGUCCAUCACUCUAAGUGCUCUUACAGUCCACCAGCUGAUGAAAACCAAGAAGGAAUUUAGAGAGGCAGAACACAAUACCGUUUGUGUGUACAAGUGAUUAAAAUGGCCAUGCAAGCUCACUAUGAAGCAGAAGCCACAGAAGAGGAGAAUUUUGGGCCACAGGCAAUAUCCCGACUGGAGCAAUGUGGGAUAAAUGCAAAUGAUGUCAAGAAACUAGAGGAAGCUGGGUUCCACACAGUAGAAGCAGUGGCUUAUGCUCCAAAGAAGGAACUGAUCAAUAUCAAAGGCAUUAGUGAGGCUAAAGCUGAAAAGAUCCUGGCAGAAGCCGCCAAACUGGUGCCCAUGGGAUUCACUACAGCCACAGAGUUUCACCAGAGGCGCUCUGAAAUCAUACAGAUUAGUACUGGCUCCAAAGAGCUCGACAAGCUUCUGCAAGGGGGCAUUGAAACGGGCUCUAUCACAGAGAUGUUUGGUGAGUUUCGCACUGGGAAGACUCAGCUGUGUCACACCCUGGCUGUCACCUGUCAGCUUCCCAUUGAUAGAGGUGGUGGUGAAGGAAAGGCUAUGUACAUUGAUACAGAAGGAACGUUUCGUCCUGAACGUUUGCUCGCUGUGGCUGAAAGAUAUGGAUUGUCGGGAAGUGAUGUUCUUGACAAUGUUGCUUAUGCUCGUGCCUUCAACACCGACCAUCAGACCCAGCUCUUGUACCAAGCGUCGGCCAUGAUGGCAGAGUCAAGAUAUGCACUUCUUAUAGUGGACAGUGCAACAGCGCUCUAUAGGACUGACUAUUCUGGGAGAGGGGAGCUUUCAGCACGACAGAUGCAUUUGGCUCGCUUUCUUCGGAUGCUACUUCGACUCGCAGAUGAGUUUGGUGUGGCAGUUGUCAUUACAAACCAGGUGGUUGCACAAGUAGACGGGGCCGCCAUGUUUGCUGCUGAUCCCAAGAAGCCCAUUGGAGGAAAUAUUAUAGCUCACGCAUCCACUACACGGUUAUAUCUGAGGAAAGGCCGUGGUGAAACGCGUAUCUGCAAAAUCUAUGACUCACCCUGCCUCCCCGAAGCCGAGGCUAUGUUUGCAAUUAAUGCUGAUGGGGUGGGAGAUGCCAAGGACUGAGCAGUGCAAAAUACCUGCUCUGCUGCACAAAACUUUUAAUGCAAUAACUUCUGAUCUGUCCUUCCCGAAGGGGGCUAGGGCCCCAAAAGUGCCUUGUCAAUGAUCAGCUGGGAAUGGCUAGCUCCUAAAGUAUAUAGGCAACACUGUUUAAGAAAGAUUCCUAUGCAAUGGCCUUUAAGAGAUGCCUAAUGAACUGCUUGCUGCCAAGGAUGACGGCCAGCAAUCAUCAUCUCUAUCUAUUAAAGUAAAACUGCUUCAUCGGUCUACAUACAAAGGCCUGUUUCCAUAUGUAAUGUAUGGGAUAUCCCCUGGUACUGCUCCAACCUCUGUCCAUAUACAACAGCACAUCAUUUCACAGGAGGCAAGUACAUAGCUGGGACCCUGUGCCACUGUGUAAAAGCAUCAAUACAGAACCUUAACAAAGACUUCAGGAUACAAACUGUCAAGAAGAAGUUGCCUGGAACUCCAUGGGCAAAUGUAAUGGUAUGAGAAAAGUCUAAUUCUGUCACCAACUCUAUUGGAAUCCUCCAACGUACCAGGGAAUUAAUUUGUGUCUGUAAUAUACAUGUUAUAAAUGUGUUUCUGAUGAGUUUCAAGAAAAAUAUAUAUUUUUUUGUUUUAGUUAAAUGAUGUGAAUAAAUGUAUAUAGAUGGAAAUAAUCUUCAA